GUUCUUCUCUUAGAAAGCGACGUCGUUUUGUUAGACUCAACUUCACAAUUAAUUUUUUUUUCUUUGACUACCGUCCCUUUAAACGACGACGGUUUUGUUUUUGACAGAGAUCUGUUACGACAGUUAUGUCUCCGUCGACGACGACGAUUUUCAUCGGUCCCAUCUUAGCGGUGGACGCCGCCGUAUCUCACGCGAUUCACACGGCGGCGAAACCAUUCCUCCCACCAUUUGUCCUCCUCCUCCUCGAAAUCUCAGCUGAUUUCCGAUUCUCCUUCCCCGUAUCCCUUUCCUUCCUCCUCUCCCCUCCAUUACGCUCUUUCCUCGUCCCUUUCCUCCUCGGCCUCCUCUUCGAUCUAAUCUUCGUCGGAAUCGUAAAAUUAAUCUUCCGUCGUGCUCGUCCCGCUUACAAUCACCCUUCAAUGUCCGCCGCUGUAUCAGCUGAUCACUACUCGUUCCCCUCAGGUCACGCUUCUCGCGUUUUCUUCGUUGCUGCAUCUGUUCACUUCUUCUCUGCUGCUGCUGAAGCUUCCAUGACUGGUCCAAGCUACUCCUUCUUAGAUGGAUGGAUCAGAGAUCAUAACGAUGGCGAUGUGAAGGUAGAAGUUGUGGUCGUUGUAUGGAUCUGGGCAACAGUGACUGCAAUUUCAAGGAUUCUUUUAGGAAGACAUUACGUUCUCGAUGUAGCUGCUGGUGCUUUUUUAGGGAUUGUAGAAGCUCUCUUUGCUCUUCGAUUUCUGAGAUUUGAUGAAAUGAUCUUUGGGAGGUAACAAAUGUAUCCAAAUUGUUGUUGUUUUUAACAAAUUGUUCUGUAAUUUUUGUUUCGAUUACAUUGAGAAGAAGAAUUGUAUUGUUCAUGAAUCAAAGAUUGUUCCUUUUGUUUCACUACAAGGCUCUUGUUGUAUUACAUAAUCGUUAGUGUGAAUAAUGAGAGAUCUUAUUCACUUGCAUCGUAAUCGAGCUAGGCUUGAAAACUGAAAGGCUAAACCUUUCACAUUGAUGUCAUUGUUACCUGAGGUUGAGAUCAUCUGUGAGCAAUCUAAUUGUUUGAAACAGUGAACUUGUGGUUGUGGAUG